AUGACCGUCCUGGCCGAUACGGGACCGCAGUGCGCGGCGAGGAUAAUCGACGGCGAUAGUACGUUUCGGGACGACAUCAACCACGACAUACUGCCGCCGGGGGGGCAGGAUGUAGAGACCGAAGCCAAGCUCAGCUCCGACAAGAGCCGCUCCGCCAACAGCCAAGAAGCUUCUUUGCGAUAUGCCUCCUCCGCCGGGGCGGCCGCGGUGUUCCAAGAGGAGAUAUGCAAGGCCGUCAGGAACAUUGCCGUUCGUCAUGGAGAAGCCGAGCUACGUGCGUCCAUCACGAUCAAAUUCCCAUUAUGGGGCAGAGGUGCCAUCGAUUGCCUGCUCAGCAUGCACAUCUGCCCUUGGGCGGUGAGCUACUUCGCUCAGCAACUUUUUGGCGCCCAAAUCGUCAUGAUCGGCAGUGUCCGACGCAUCGUGCUUAAAGAGGGUAUCACCGUCAUUGUCCCUGGGACAGAGGUCACUUUGAAAGGCGUCGAAGAGGACACGAUCCUUAAGGUAUUUGGUUCGGAAAUGCUCGACGCUGUCAAGGAGAGCUCGGUUCGGGGGGAAGAAAUUAGCCAAGGAGUCUCCGCCACCGAGUGUGUGUCCAUGAUUGUCACUGAAGACGGAGCCAUAGUCAGCCUUGCCCUCGGGCUGGCGAGAGGGUUGCAAAUCCAGAGGAAGCUGGAUUUAUGA